CAUAUAAUGAUCGUUCAUUUAUAUUACGAGCUUGGAUCUUGCGAUAUCGAUCUCAGGAAGCAAUUAAAAUCACUGGUCCGAAUCCUUUAAGAAAAGUACAUACUUGCUUCUUUGAGUCCAUCUUUGUUACGCUUUACGAGUUGGAGGCCAUUGCAAUUUUCUACAAUAAUGAUUGUCAUUACUAUAUACAUCCGCUAUAUGACUAUUUAUCCCUUCUUUAAAACAACAUGCAUCGUGAUACAAGUAUUUUAUGAAAAAUCAGUGUCCCCAGUGUAUUCGCAAACGAACAAUGAAAAUGCAAACGAGAAUAAUUCUCACCGGUUGUUUUGUGAUCAUGAUUUUUAAUAAUUUUGGCACAAGUGUCAAAGUUUCGUCAAAAGUCGAUUUGGAUUCCAACGAAAAUGAAGAAACAUUAGACAAUCCGACCUUCACGAUCUUAAAUUUAAAGAAAUCUGCUAAUUCACCGGAAUCAAUUUUGCGUGCAUCUAACCCAUCGACAUUAAUCUGGCGUCAGGGAAACGAGUUCGUAAAAGAACCGAGAAAAAGAAGGAUCUAUACAUUGCAUGAAAAUUCAGCGAAACAACCAAAAAUAAUCAAUAAUAUUCAAGUCGUUGUGAAUAGCAACGAUAGUAUGCCAAAUGAAAAUUCUUGCAAAAACAGUAUAUGUAACGUAUCCAUUUCCUCGAAAUUAGAUGAAAAAGGAAAUAUCGUCACCGAAGUGUAUUUCAGUAUUAUCACGAAAGCAAAACCGAAUGUUAAGAUUGAUGAUGUUCCAGUAAUCAAUGGUUUUCGAGGUAUCAGUGAGGACUAUGAUAAGCAACCAAUUUUUCAUUCAAUAAAUUCGCCACGUUCAAUAGACGGGCAUUUAUAUUUCAAUAACAUUCCACAGGUUCAAUCUAAUUAUCAUGGAUAUGGUGAGCCCCGGUAUGGACGAACUUUUCGACAGCCUCAAAUGUAUUGGAAUUAUCAUUUUGGAAAUCAUGGUAACGUGAGAUUUCGGGGUCAUAAGACACGGGUACGAGAUAGACCUAUAGUGGAUGAUAAGAUUGAACCGCCACUUAGCAAGACCAAACCCGGCGACGACACAUAUUAAUUAUAAAAUAAUUUAUUAAAUUGUAUGUAAAACUUUAAUGAUGUAA